AUGUCUCAAACAAUUACUUUAGAAAAGACCGGACCAGAAGCUGCUCAGUUGAAACCCUUAUCAGUCGAUCAGCAAAUUGAAGCGAUAAUUAAAAAGGAUACCAAAUCUGCUUAUGUCCAUAGUCAAUCCACUCUUUCAAAAGGUGUUCCAACAGGUGGUGAUCCUCGAGGUUUAAAAAUAUUACCAGAAACAACUCGUAAGAGAUUUGAAGAAGCUGGAAUUGAUCUUUCCAAGGGAUAUCCAUAUGUUCCAAAUAAAAAUGAUAUUCCAAUUUUUCUUGAUGAAGCAACUAAAAUUAGAAACGAUGGAUUUCCAUUUGUUGAAAGAGGAGUAAACGCUGAUCCAGAAAAAAAAGCAUUUUUUGGAGCUGCCAAACAAGUUAUUAAUCUUACAACAAAAGUUGGCACAGAAAUUGUUGGAUUGCAACUAUCUGAUUUGACUGACCAACAAAAGGAUGAAUUGGCAUUACUUGUGGCUGAAAGAGUUGUUGUCUUUUUCAGAGACCAAAAACUAUCUCCUCAAAAACAAUUGGAAUUGGGUCAGUAUUGGGGUCAAGUUGAAUUGCAUCCACAAUCACCAAGAGUUCCAGGCUUACCUGGUGUGGGUGUGAUUUGGCAAAAUUAUUCACUCGGUCAUUUAAGUUUUAAAAACAAUACUUUUGGCAAUUUUGGCAUCAGGGAUGCUGUUUAUGGUUCUCAAACAUGGCAUACUGAUUUGGUUCAUGAAUUUCAACCAGCUGGUAUCACCCAUUUACAUAACGAUGCUAUUCCAGAGCUUGGUGGUGACACUAUUUGGUCUUCGGGCUAUGCUGCUUACGAUAAGCUAUCUCCUGCGUUACAGAAGUUUUUGGAUGGAAAAGAAGCUAUUUAUUUUUCUGCUCAUGGUUAUAUCGAUAGAGACGACCCAUUUAGCGGACCAAAAAAGAUUGAAAGAAGACAUCCCAUCAUUAGAACUCAUCCUUCUACUGGCUGGAAGGCAUUGUUUGUCAACAGAAGCAUGACCAAAAGUAUUGUUGGUUUAGAACCACCAGAAUCUAGUGUUAUUUUGAAUUAUCUAUUGGAUGUUUUGGAGAAAAACGCUGAUAUCCAGGUCCGAUUCAACUGGAAACCCACCAAGCCAGGUUAUGGCACUUCUGCCAUUUGGGACAACAGAGUGUCUGUCCAUAGCACUGUUUGGGAUUACGAAGGUUUGGAACCAAGACAUGGAACUAGAGUUACUUCUUUGGCAGAAGUUCCAUUCUUUGAUGCAGAAUCCAAAUCGCAGAGAGAAGCCUUGGGUUUGUCUUUGGAUUAA